CAGUGUUAGCAUUGAUUGUAUAUAUGAUAUACACAUCUAUAGUUAGUUUUUUUUUUAGAAAACGGAUUGUCUCAAGAAUUUCAUCAAACCAUUAUUAACGAUUUUGCUAAAUUACCCUAAAAUUUAUACAAUAGGACUAGCAUAUUUGUACCGUUACUGUUUCCUUUUACGACGCUCCAAGAACAAAACCAGAAGUCAAAAGGGGAGGCAAAAAAUGUGUAAACCUAGAAAGAUACGAAGAAGCAAUCAAUUAUGGCAUGUGAGUAAGAAAAAAAGGAAGUCAAAUAUAUGUUCCUCGUUCGUUCCAUUAGAAUAUAAUAUUAAUAAACUUAAGGACAGUUUUACAAAGAGUAUAUAUGAAAAAGUAUUUGUAUUUUCCGUAUAUUGACUUUUUAUUAGCUGUGAAUUUCCGCCAUUUCCUCUAUAUUUAAAGCCCCCAAGCUCCUCUCUCUCUUCUUCCUAUUAUUCAAAGUUUCAAAUCAAUUCACAUCCUCCCUAAAUCCAAAUACCACAGCUCGUAGCAAGAUACAUAUAGUAUACAAGUGUGUUUGUUUCCUUACCUUCUUUGAUCAAUAUAACUAAUUAAAGCUCUCGUCAAACUCGUAACCGCUCAAUGGAUGAAGAGAUCGAGAUUCCUCCGUUCUUCCUUUGCCCCAUCUCUCUAGAGAUCAUGAAAGAUCCGGUGAUAGUCUCUACCGGAAUAACCUACGACAGAGACAGCAUCGAGAAAUGGCUCUUUUCAGCAAAAAAGAACUCGUGUCCGGUCACCAAACAAGACAUAACCGACGCAGAUCUCACCCCGAACCACACUCUUCGCCGUCUGAUCCAAUCUUGGUGCACUUUAAACGCAUCCCACGGCGUAGAGAGGAUCCCCACGCCAAGACCUCCUAUCUCUAAAUCUGAGAUCGAAAAGCUCUUAAAAGAUUCAGCCUCUUCUCAUCAAAACCUAGCCAAGUGUCUCAAAAGACUUCGUCAUAUCGUUUCCGAGAACGCUAGCAACAAGCGUUGUUUGGAGGCGGCAGGAGUACCUGAGUUCUUGGCCACCAUCGUAAGCAAUAAAGGCUCUUCGAUGAGUUUGACCGACGAAGCCCUCAGCUUACUCUACCAUCUUGACACUUCAGAGACAUGUCUCAAGAAUCUUUUAAACAACAAGAAAGGUAACGAUAUUGUAAACUCGUUGACGAAAAUCAUGAACCGAGGGAUAUACGAGUCAAGAGCCUAUGCGACUUUGCUUCUAAAAAACAUUCUUGAAGUAGCGGAUCCAAUGCAGAUCAUGACUUUGAAGCCAGCGAUUUUCACCGAGGUCGUGCAGAUCUUGGACGACCGGAUCUCUCACAAGGCGACAAAAUCUGCGUUGCAUAUAUUGGUGAACGUAUGUCCAUGGGGAAGGAACAGACACAAGGCCGUGGAAGCUGGAGUGAUCUCUAUGAUAAUAGAGCUUCUCAUGGACGAGAGUUUCUCAUCAGAUAGGAGAGGUCCAGAGAUGGCCAUGGUGGUUCUUGAUCUAUUGUGUCAGUGUGCGGAAGGAAGAGCAGAGUUCUUGAACCACGGAGCAGCUAUAGCAGUGGUGUGCAAGAAGAUACUUAGGGUUUCUCAGACAGCAAGCGAUAGAGCUGUUAGGGUUUUGUUUUCGGUUGGGAGGUUCUGUGCAACGCCGGCUUUGCUAAACGAGAUGUUACAGUUGGGGGUUGUAGCGAAGUUGUGUCUUGUGCUUCAGGUUAGCUGUGGAAGCAAGACUAAAGAGAAGGCAAAGGAGUUGCUUAAGUUGCACGCUAGAGUUUGGAGAGACUCGCCUUGUCUCACAAGAAAUAUGAUUCUUGCAUACCCCUCGUGAUGAAAAACCAAGAGGACAACCUACAAUCAUAUACACGAGUCUGAUUCUCAACAAGUGCAAACACUUUAUAUGAAAGUUAUUCUUCGUACGUAUUUUGUUGGAAAGACUAGUGGUUUAUUCCUAUAGUGAAUCCAAUAUUUUUAGUUUUUUUUUUUUAUAGUUUCGAUGUUCAAGAUGUAGAUAAUAGCGGAGAUUGUUCAUCAAAUUUUAUUAGUAAUAAAAGUUGGGAAGAUAUGAAUGAAAUCGCAUGUUACAUGCCUAUUCUCACGUUAUUGUGAAAACGCUUCUAUUUGUGGCAUGGUUUUUAAAAAUAUAUCCUAUUCCAUUAUUAUAAGUUUUC